AUGUACUACUAUCGUCUGCCGGUAAGGUCUCGUUUAUUUUUUUUUCAAUGAAAAACUCCUUUUUUGGAAUUAUUUUGAAUUGCCUGCAGUACUUGCUCGGUUGAGGUGUGUCCUUCUGUUGGCGAACGGUGCUGCGCCAAUGAUAUAUCCGGUGCCGGAUAGCAUUAAUACCCUGUUUAUUCCAUCUCGGCCUAAAGAUACCCGGUUCGCCGUCUACGGCGAUUAACGUGGCGACCAUUGGGGACUCCUUCUCGGGACUGCGUCUCACCUCCGAACGACCUGCUGCGCGCCAAAGCUUUAGCAGCGACGCCAGAAGUGACCGUUGGGGCUUCGGUACGGGCUCAACCAACAGCAUUCCCACGCCCGACUUUGGGGUUCCUGCCUCGCUGUCUCGUGGCGGUCGUUACGACGGUGGUGGCUACUGCGCGGUACGGUUGCCACCAGGCGGCGUAGUUGAGCCUCCACCACCUCCGUCUCCCUUCUCGUCCGCCUCCCCGCCUCCGAAGCCCUUUCCACCACCCAGCACGAAGAAUGCUGUCAUGCCGAGUGAGGAACGCCUACGCCAGUUAGAGGCACGCACCCUGCAGGUAUGUAAUACGCUUCCUCUCAGCACACCUUCAAAACUCCCGGCGCCGCUUGCACCACCAUUUUUAUCAGUAGUAUUGGCUUUACUGUCCUCUCGAUAAGCUGAACUCCAUUCAAUGUUUAGAUUGCUGACCAGUCGGUUUUACUGGCUCAUCCACACCCGCUGGACGCCAUCACCAACUGAAGGGGACAGCUGACAGGUUUCGGCCCGUUGCCGGGUAAUCAAACCUAGACUAGUGAAUUAGUUGUUCUGUUUGCAGGAUGGAAUACGGCUACUCAGUCUUACUUUGGAGAUCUGAUGCAGCUCUCGCGGGUGGUUGUCCGGUUACAAGCAAUAACUACCCCCGGGGAAAUCUGGAAUGUCCAUUGUUUGUCAAAUCUCUGGCCUGGUGCUGGAGUAUAGCCGACUGAGCGGUAGGGACAUCAAGUAUACAUGCAUAUAUACAGGAGGGGAUACCGGCAGAGACAACGAAGACUGGUACGGUCCUUUUUGACCUACUACCUGUCGCCGGCCUGUGAUUUCCAAUUCCAGGUUUUGGUAACUCGGAGUUGUAACUGCGACUCCUCUCCAUCACUUUCCUGUCAGUCCUGACCUGGAAUAUUAGUUAGCGCGGGAGCCAAUAUGUUUACAGUAAGCAAAAAGCUCGUUCUCUGAUUUGCAAACCCCGUUUAAGAAGUGAUGUUACUCGACUCUCGGCGGUGUAUUGAUAGUCCAACAUUUCGGAGAUGUGACAUCUCAUGAAAUAUUAACCGAGAUUCUGAAAUGUAAAAAGUCGAGUCCAGAAAACGUACGUUUUCGAUCAUUCAUCAUCAGGCCUGUAAGGGCAGAAUAGCAAAAGUUGAGCAUCCAAUAAUAGUCGCUAGGGGGGAGAGGGUCGAGGAGCGUUCAGAGCUCAGUGGUCGGAUUCUAGUUCUGUCUGGGGUUUAGGGAGGGGGAGGGGGAAGGUAUCUGGCGACUAGCCGUCCAUGUUUCGGCGGUACAGCGCGACGUGGCAGAUAUGAACGCGUAUGCUGGGGAGCCUUAGCGCCUGUACAAACGCUUUAUGUGAGCACAGGGCUGCUGGACUUGACUUCUUUGAUGUCUACAUGGCUAUCAUUCUGAAAUGUGUUGUUAUUGUAUCAAUGCUUAUGCAGCAGCAUCUCUAGACAUUUCGGUCACAUCAGGAUGCCGUCUGUUGAACGAACUUCUUUCCGCCGUCUGUAAAAGCUACUUCAGUAGUGUGAUUUUUCUUUCUGAAUUUCCAUACCUUUGUAAAUUAAGAUAAGAUUUAUAGAAAACAUGCGCAAAAUACUCGCUCUUUUACUCAUUUUGCAAAAAGUACGCUUUCUUUAAAUGUUAUACUUAAGGGAAGACCAUAACUCGAUUUUCAAAAAAAAACUUCAAAUUCUCGAAUAAUUUUUAGCCCGACCUGCUGUUACGUUAGCAUAGAAGGUUCCCAAACUACAAGCUGUAUAUUUUACAUGAAACGAAAGUCAUGCAUUUCUGUACGUCAUUUAGAAGAUACCACAUGGGCUUCAUGAAAUUUUUCAUGGGGUUCGAACAAAAUUGCAUACUUUACAAGGAACAUUAUUGAAUGCAGAGAUACGAUAUUCUAUGAGUGGACAUUUCGAGGUCUUAAAAUGCCAUAAUUAGGAACUUUUCAAAACCGGAAGAUACUAUUUCUUUAAUUUGAACUUUAAAAAGACGUAAUUUUCUACGAAAUGAGCGAAAGAUGAGUAAUUUUAUGCAUCUUUUCAAUCAAAUAUAUUUGCAUUCAUAAGGACAUUGAAAAUUGAUGAGAAAAACACAUCCUACCUAUGUAUUAACUUUUUGAAGAGUGUAGUUUUUGCAAACGGCCGGUAAAAGGUCAUUCAAAAGCCGGCACAUCCGAUGCACACGGCAAUUGGGAGCCACCCAGCCAACGCCCUGUUGCUCCUUAAUUUGCAAAAUUUUUGGCUUUUCACUGCCUUCUAGGGAGUAAUUUUCCGUGUAUUAAAACCCUCAGUCGCGAAUUAAACUACCGGUCUUUAGACCGCCUGUUGCCAGUCAUGUUUCCUUCUUCUACGUUGUCUGAUAUGGGUUAAUUUCUCUAGAAUUACCCUGCCGCUGGAACACUUUCCUAACAAAAAUUCUACAUGUUAUUCUACUUUCUACAGUUGCGUGACUACAAUCCCCUCCUAAUAACUGACCUGGUAACCGAACUCACUCUCGACUGCAGCACCGAUGUGGAGAUUGUGAGGUACGUGCAAGCCCAACCCCCGACCUCCACCCCCCGCCUCUGCCUUAAUUAAGCGCCCACCUCACCUCAGCUCUGUUUCCUCCACGCAGAAAUUUCUUCGUCUGGGUGACCUCUAAGGACUUUCAGCAGGUGGACUACGACCCGGCCGCAGCGCCGGACUCCUUCAUCGGCCUCCUACGCAAUGUGAAGGCGGGCAAGGUGUCUGCCAACGAACUCUUUCACGAGCUCUGUCGGCAAGUGUCUCUGUCUGUUUACACUUUUUAA